UCCGCCUUGGACCUCGACCGCGUUGACUGUCAGCGCUAGCAAGCGUUGCUCUACUUCCGGUCUACUUCUUGCCUCCAUCACCCCAGCACAAUCAUCGGAUUAUGGCGCGCCGCCGACGCAGCUCAGCCCGUCAGAAUGGGGAACAUUCAAUGCACGAGUCCGAUUCGGACGCGCAGGACGAAGGGAAGAAGAACUCGGAGUCGGAGGACAAGUGCCCGGCCUGCACGCCAGAAAAUGCGGACGGGGACAAGGUCAGCUGGAUCAAGUGCGAGGCGUGCAAGCAGUGGUACCACUGGACGUGCGCGGGGAACGGCGCGGAUGUUGAGACCAUCGACCACUGGUAUUGCACCCCCUGCAUUACCGCCGACUCUCGCAGACAGAUCACCUUCAAAGGCCCCGCGCGCAAGUCCGCUCGCCGGCGCAACCACCCAGACUACGCUGGCAUCGACGGCUCCCCAAACCCUGAUGCCAGCCGCUGGCUGCGCAAGUUCGAGGGCAAGCCUGUCAAGCCGGAUAGGUUCAAGCGCAUGAAGGGGAAGGACGUCAACCUCGACUGGGUGGAGGGGGACGAGAGCGCGAUGACGGAGCCGAUCGCGGUGCUGGACCCCGAAGGACUCGAGAUGGAGAUGCCGCCGGACGACUUCACGGUAGACGAUAUCGCGCAGCUGGUGGGGGACGAGACGCCGGUGGAGGUGAUGGAUGUGGCGUCACAGUCUGGCUCGCCGGGAUGGACGAUGGCGAAGUGGGCGGAAUACUUCAAUAAGCCAGCCUCGGAGCGGGACAAGAUCCGGAACGUCAUCUCUCUUGAGAUCUCGCAGACGAAGCUGGGGGAGCGCAUCGUGCCCCCUCGGCUGGUGCGCGAACUGGACUGGGUGGAGAACUUCUGGCCAGCGACGCGGAAGGGGAAGGGGCAUUCAUACCCCAAGGUGCAAUUAUAUUGUCUCAUGGGCGUCGCGAAUGCAUGGACAGAUUGGCACAUUGACUUCGCCGGAUCCUCGGUAUACUACCAUGUCCUAAGUGGCGCCAAGGUCUUCUACUUUAUCCGUCCCACACCCGACAACCUUGCCGCGUACGAGAAAUGGUCAGGCAGCGCACUUCAAACUUCAACGUGGCUCGGAGACCUCGUUGACGAGGUUGUCAAGAUCACGCUAACCGCUGGAAACACCAUGAUCAUUCCUAGCGGAUGGAUACACGCCGUACAUACUCCCGUGGACACGAUUGUAUUUGGAGGCAAUUUCUUACACUCUUAUAGCGUGCCCAUGCAGCUCCGUAUACGGGACAUUGAGAUCGCGACCCGCGUCCCCAAGAAGUUCACUUUCCCGUACUUCAGCAGACUUUGCUGGUACGUUGGGGAGAAGUACCUCCGCGAUCUGAAAACGCCCAAUGCUACGCAACCAUCAGCACGCGAGUUAGCAUCCAUCUCACAUCUCGCCGACUUUCUGGUAGUGCAAGCGCGGUUGCUAGAGCGGGGAGGCGAGACCGCGAAGAAGGAGGUCCAACAGGAUAUCCCAAGUGAUCGAGUGAAGGACGCACCCGCUCUCGCGCGCGAACUACGUUGGCGGUUACGACUGGCCGCCGGCGAAGACAGCGACGACGAGCGAUCGUCCACACCUCAUCUAAAUGGGCACUCGCACCUCAAGCGCAAACGAAUAAAGUCGGAGACACCUGACGAGCACGCGCGCUUCAGGAAUUUCAGGCCCAAGAUUUGGAGCAAGGUCGCGGAGGAGCAGAAUGUGGUGGAGACGAGACAGGCCAAGGCGGCUCGGCCGGGUGACGAGGAGGCGUGGAUGGAUCGAUGGGUCAGCUGGGCGGAUGGGAUGGAGGAAGACGGGUCGGAGGAGGCUCAGGUGCAGAGUAAGAAGGACGUGGUGAGCCGGGUACGCAAAACGGCGACGGGGUUGGAGCGCCAGCGCAUCGAGCGAAUAUACGAAGCAUGGACAUGGCCGCGCACGUAGCAUACUUGAUUCGAUUCUUGCACGCCUGUACACUACAAGUCCAUCUGUGAUCUCGCCUUGUGUGUCUGUAUUUUCACGUGUGGGCGCGUCGCGCGAGAUCAACACAGGGGCAGUCUCCGUCACCUGCGUUCAUUGCAUCAGACGCCCUUGACCGCACCUUUUCCUCGUCGCUCCUCCGUCCCCGGGCCCUCGCCGGUAUUCACAGUGAGUGCGCUGCCCAUCAUGCUUCCCGACGACGAACGAACAUGCCCAGACAAUGUCAAGCGCGAACCCCAGCGGAACUGAUAUCCGCCCGAGGUCGCAACCCGACGCACAGAGCCAGGCGCCCU